AUGUAUCGGUUAAGGGGGAAAGUAGGAUUCGUCACGCUUAAGCAUUUGAAUCAGCAUUGCUCGCUACAGGUUAAUCUUCUGCUAACAAAGAACAGAGAUCUCGAGUCUCAAAUCCAUGUACUGCGACAGAUCUGCAACAAGCUUACUAGCGGAAUCAGCGAGUCCUCUUCCACCAUAAGCUUCAGCCCUGAUAAUCUCAAGAAACAGCACAUAAUCAAGCGUAGUUCACCAUUCAAGGAACUAAACCUCAACGAGCUUCUCGCCGGCUACACAGCUCCGAGUAGAGUCAAACACAAGACUUCGCUCGUCAUCAAUGACUUUUUACGUGUGAUCUUCAGACAGGUUUGUGGACCAGAUCCCUCAGAUAUAUGGAAUUUUGCUCAUCGUACAUCUAAUGUAUCGCGCAAGCCGGAUUUACAAGAUCUGCCUGAGUCCAUAGUUAUCACACUCAACGAUUUCGUAUUGGAUGCGCUUAGCCUCGGCAACGAGGAUUUGGAGGGAUACAGAUUGAAUUCGAUAAGAAGCUUGCGCACUAGUUACUGGAUCUCUCUGGGUACAUCCGAUGAAGAACGCGAGAAAAAGUUCAACUAUCUGCUGGAGCAAAAAACUUUCUACUGCGGCCAAAUCAGGACCUGUAUCGCAGAAGCACUGUAA